GCCUCGGCGACGAGCCCGAGACCGCCGACCCCGCUGCCGGCGCCGAUUCCGACGACGCGAUGGACGUCGACCUCGACGAGCUCCUCAAGUCCCUCGGCUGAGCCGCACCCGCGCCCGACCGACCCUCUCACCGCAAGGAAUUGCCAUGGCCAAGAUCAUCUUCACCGAAGUCGCCAACGCCGCAGGCUUCAACCUCGCCGACUCGCUGACGCUCAAGGGCGACAACCUCACGCUGAACUUCGAGUGGUCCUACGACGCGACGGUGCCCUGCGACCCCAAGGCCAAGUGCCUGGACAAGUUCCGCGUCUACAUCGGCAAGGCUGCUGCCGGUGCCUGGAACAAGGCGGCGACCGAGGCGGCCAAGAAGGUGCAGCUCAAGUUCAAGACGAUGGACGAGAAGAUGGGCAAGUUCGUCGCCGACGUGAAGAAGUACAACAUCCGCGACGCGGAAGGCACGGUGCAGGCCGAGAUCGACAAGUACCAGGCGGCCCUGCAGAUCGAACUCGACGAGCUCAUCAAGAAAGACAUCGGCGAGGACUUCCUCGGCAAGGCCGAAGAGGCCGCGCGCAAGCAACUGCUCAAGGAGGGCACGAAGGUCGAGCCGUCCAAGAUGAAGAUCGUCAAGAAGGUGCUCAAGGUGGUGCUGCUGCUCGCCGUGGCGGCAGCGGCGAUCGUCGCGGCGGUGAUGACCGGCGGCGCGGCCGUGCCCGUCAUCAUCGCGGUGGGCACCUGGGUGGCGCUGGCCGUGGGCACGACCAAGCGGCUCGUGGCGGUCGGGUCGACCCUGCAGAAGCUGCACGCCGACCUGCAGAACAACACCGUGCAGAUGGAAAAGAAGCUCGCCGAGAUCGACGUGCUGUUCGACAAGGCCGUCACCUUCGCCAACCAGAUGGAGGCCAAGGCGGACGCGAUCGAGCUGUCGGUGCAGGAGCUCAAGAAGGAGAUCGCCGAGGGCAAGAAGACGCUCGACAAGGUGGACAUGAACAGCAAGCAUCCGCUCGCCGGCCAGGCCAAGGACCUGCAGGCCAAGAUCGAGAAGCUGGAAGCCGAAAUGAAGAAAAGCGAGGCCGCCCGCGCCUACGCCGAGCCGCUGCGCAACGCGCUGGUGGAGUUCCGCAAGGUCAAGAACGACCAGACCUGGGGCACCAAGUUCGAGUCGGCCAAGACGCUGGCGACGGUGGCCAACUACAUCGCCAAGGGCUUCAAGGACAUCGCCAGCCUGAUCGUCAAGUAA